AUGACGAAGUUUACGUUAAGUGGCCAGGUUGUGGUCAUUGCGGGUGGCUCUCAAGGCUUGGGUAAAGAAUUCGCUCGCAAGUUUUUCCAAGAGGGUACCAACAAUACCGUAGUUGUUGUGAGCAGGUCUCGCACCAAACUACAACAGGCUGUACGUGACAUAUCGGGACAAGAAUCGGCUCAAGAGUUGACAAAAGCUACUCAGGUGCGUCCUCAAGAAAGUGAAAUUGUCUAUGCUACUUGUGAUCUCGCUGAUUACAGUCAAGUGGAAAACCUGUAUGAAAUACUAGCCUCAUGUUCUUUAAAGCCCACCGUAGUGCUGCUGUGCGCGGGGGGAUCUACUCCUGGGCUUUUCAAGGACUUGAAGGGCUCCGACCUAGAAUUGGGAGUCAAAGUGAAUUAUAUGACAUGCGUUAACCUCGCUCAUAUUGCAGUACGUCACUGGCAGUCUGCGCACCUGAUGUUUUUCUCUAGUGAAGUAGCGUUCUUUCCGUUCAUAGGGUAUGCUCAAUAUGCGCCUCUAAAACAGUCUAUCAAGUCUCUGGUAGCAAUUCUACGCCAGGAGUGUCCUCAGCAACGCAUCUCGUGUGUGUAUCCAGGAAAUUUCGAUAGUGAGGGCUAUGUAUUGGAGAACGAGACUAAACCAUCCAUCACCAGAGAAAUCGAGGGUCCAUCAGAAGCUAUUUCUUGUGAGGAGUGUUGCAAUCGUAUUGUGCGUGUAUUGAAUAUGGGAUACGAUGACAUAACUACAGAUCUUAUCGGAUGGUUCCUGAUGAGCACCGAUAUGGGUAUGAAUAAACAAAACAAUGUUUCUCUAGGUUGGCCUCUACAAUGGUUAUUGGGCAUAAUUGCCAACUUGGUCAUAGUUCCUAUCUACAUGCUCAUUUGCAAAUUUCAAAUCAAAAAGUGGCACAGCUCUUGCGAAAAGCAAGAAUAA